AGUAAAAGAUAAUAAUAAAUCAUAAAUAAUAAAUAAUAAAUAUAAAAAAUCUUUGGAGGUUAAGCAUCAAUCGAUGUAUGUAAGCGCUCCUCGACGUAUGUGUUGGACAAACCGAAACGAGCGUUGCGGAAAAAGUUUAAGCGUAGCCAAUAAGGCGUUAACCCUUAUUAGGAAUAUUACAAAGGAAUUCAAACAGUGUUCGUCGUGUUCAGUGCAAGAGUGAAGGAGUGAAGGAAAAUAUUUUUACGAGCCAUAAUACUGUGCCAAAGUGUCAAAUAACUUGAACCGCUAAGUGUCAAAAUAUGCACAGAAGCACUAAAUAGCGAAAGCACACACAACACACACACACAUACACACACAAAUAACGAAAUAACGUGAAAAAUUGAAAAAUUGAAAAAUGAUGUGCAAAUUAAACUGAGAAAUAUAAACAUGAAAUAGUUUAAUAAACCAAUUAAGGAUAUUCUAACCAUAAACGUAAUUACUAGUCAAUAUUAAAUAUAUAUAUAUAUAUAUAUUAAAAACAUAAAGCAACAAAAAAAAAGAUGAAUAAGUGAGAAAUCGAAGACUUUGGCAAAAGGGUAUCUUUAUUGCCUGCGUGCAUGAAUUUUUCUUGAAUACACACAGAACACAGAACGACUGGACGGACAAAUGGGGACGGUCCCCAAUACGCACAUACAAGAACAAAGCGCCGUGCCGUGCGUUACUUUUGGUGUUUAAUAUUUUGCUUACGUUUUGCUUACGUUUUGCUUUUUGAUUAUUUGUAAUAAUAAAUUAACACUUCAAACUGUUUUGUUCGAGACGUACGAAAUGAAAAUCAAUCAAUAACAAAUAUACAAUAAAUACAAUAAAUACUAUAUAUAAAUAAAUAAAUAUAUAUAACCAAUCUAUAUGUACUUAUAUCCAACUGCAAAGAGAAGAGUUCACUGAUUAUUCACUGACAAACACACAUCUCCUUCGCAAACAUUCUAGUCGUGGCAACUACAAAUCCAAUACAAUUCCAAAAGCUAACGGAUUAUGGGCUGUGGACAAAGUAAGAUUCACUUGUAUCCUAGAAAGUCAAAAAGUAAAGCAAAUGGCAAAAAAGGAGCGCAUGCUGAUUCGGAUGCAGAAACAGACGAAGAAGAGGGCCGCAUUGAAGAAACAGAAAAAUAUCAAAAUCGAGAGCGAGAAAAAACUGAAGAAACUGAAGAACAAAGCAAUAAAGACACACAAGAAACGGAUGAAGAAGUUUCGGUAUCACUACUACGGGCUAAAAAUCUUUCACUUUUACAAAGCCAAGAGAUUUCAACUAGUCAGCAGAAUUUUUUUCGUAUGUUAGAUAAAAAAAUUGAAGAGGGUCCUGAUUAUGAUUCUGCUAGCGAAACAGAAAUUGCACUAGAGGAAGCUAGACUGAAUGCAUUAGUGCAGCACUGGGAGUCUGCUAGUUUAACUGCCUCCAUUUGCUCCUCCGCUAGUCGUUCGCUGCAGACUACACCAGUUCGUCAAGCACCCGUUAAGCAAUUAGCCCCAACUAGAGUGCUACAGACUAUAAUACCAGUUGCGAUGCCACAACAAGUAAUAAAUGCAGAAUUUCUACCUCAUGGCACAACGCAACCAGGACAAGUGCAGAUUAAUCCUCAAAGCCAACAAAUCUUACUAUCCAAUAUGAACACUAAUAUGCUACACCAAAUGGCAGUAGUGCCUCAAAUACCAAUGAGCAUGUCCGCAGAGGCAUCAGCAACCACCGCAAAUACGUCCAAUGCCCUCGCUAUCCUGCAGGCAACACCAAACCAAUCCCAGCAAUAUGCACACUUGCUGACACUACCGACUGGAUCACCGCAAUUACUAGGGAAGCAAAAUGUUAGUCCUAAACGUAUAGUAGAUACACGAUUAUUAAUUAGCCCAAGUCCUCUCGUACAACAAAUGCAAAAUCAAUAUAUACCCGCCUCAACGCUACCAACAACGUUGUCAGGCUAUGUGAAUGGUGGCCGGUCACCACAGCCUACAAUGCCCAUGCCCAUGCAAAUGACAUAUUUCGGACAACCCACUGCCCAACAAAAUAUGCAAACAGCGUCGCAAAAUGAUGACCAACUACAACAGCAACAUAUGCAACAACAACAACAACAGCACCAGCAACACCAACAACACCAACAACAUCAACAACAACUCAUACAACAGCAACAGUUGCAGCAACAACAACAACAAACUCCACAAAGCCAAAAUCAGUCGUCAUAUUACGGUGACGUAAUCCAUAGCACACAGGCACCACCAACUGAAUACCGAUUUCCCCCAGCAAUUAGUGUACAGCGUUUAGCGCCACAAGUGCAGCGGCAAUUACGUGAAACACAGGAACUAAUAAAAGACUCAUGCCCACAGCUAUAUGCAGCGGGCUAUGGUAGUCCAGGACCACCGAUUAGAAACCAAGCCAGAAACCCAACUAGAAGACCCACCCUGGAGACCCAAUUCUCACAGGAACUCUCGUGAUAUCUAUAUAAUUAGAAAAACUCUGCGCCAAAAAUGCAUGUUUUCUUCAAAAACCAACAUUUAAAAUGACUCUCACAUUCUCAUUUUGUUAAAAUCCUAAUCAUAUUGAAACAUAAGUAAUUUUUUUUUA